AUGUCGGAGCUCAACGAGCAGGUUCACAUCGAGGACCACACGCUUGGUGACGGUUUAAACGGGGCAUCAAAUGAACCGCCGCCACAAGCCACGAUCGUGGAGGCUUUCCAGCACUAUGCGUGCCUAUACAUCAAGUACAUUCAGAUCCUGUCUCGGUUAUCCGAGUGUUACGACCAAAUGGUUCAUCCUCAGAAAAGAAUCGACGUUAAACAAGUGAUCGAAGUGGUGGCCACUAGAGUCGUGGAACUCAAGCACCAACUGGUUAAGUGGAAUCCGCCUAAUCCUGACGUUAUGACUCAACCGGAGCGUAGUUUUCCGUGGGAAUACGUCAACUUAGACGACAUUCUAGUGGACCUCAAGCUGCCUCCCGAGACAGUGGAAAUCCCAGUCCCUCAGUCGUUUCUAGACGACCAACAAGAAGAUCUGGUUCGUCGUGACCGACUGGUUAAGGGGUACAUGAAGCUUAAACAUGGUGUGGAAUCUAUUCAACUAGACGCAGUUAAACAGUCUACCGUAUUGGGAGGAAUAGGGAUCCUGUCACUUGAUGAAGCCAUCGCUGUGAUUCAGAGGAACGAGCGAGGUCGUCAAGGUCGUCAACGUGGUCUUCUGGUCCAGGAAUUACGAGAAGAAGAGCGCCAGCGUAAACUGUAUGAGGCAGCACAAGGAGCGCCCGAGAUGGAUCCGGAUAUCGCCGCAGCUAACAUCCAGAGGAUGUUUCGUGGCUUCUGGUCUCGCGCCGCUGCAGCUCGAGAACGCGACGCUGAACUGGUUUUUAUCGGUAUGAAAGCCCCAGCUAUUGAUCGCUCGGGGCUUGAGAAGAAGCUCGCUGACGCUCGUCUUCAACGUCGCUCCGAGCAGUUGGAGAACAAGGAGGAAUACGAACGUGCAUUGGUGGAGUUACAUGGUGUGGUAACUAGUGAAGAGGGUCCUUUUAUGAAGGAGAAGAUGCUGGAGGAGCGUCGACGUUGGAUCACCGAUGUCAUGGCUACGGGGCAACUGCCUGAAGACCUUAACGGGUUUUAUGCAGCUUUAAACGGUGAAAGUGCUGAAGACAUCGCCAAGGCACAGGCUAAGGAAGAAGAGGCGAAAGGCAAGAAAGAGGACAAGAAAGGUGGCAAAGGGAAGAAAGACGACAAGAAAGCAGGUAAAGGUGCAAAAGGGAAAGGCAAAGAUGUCAAGGAGAAGCAAGAAGAGGCUCCGGAGAAGCCGCCUCCGCUUACGGGACCUUCCGAGCUUUGCACUAAAUUAGCAGGUGGGGUCGCGCAGUACGAAAAGGUAUGGCUUGAGCGCGAGGAGAUCGACAAUUUCUACCAGAAAUACGACGUAGCGCUCGCCAAGGACGUUGUUCGAGGACCUGUGGAGGUUCAAGUGCGUCAACAAGUGGACGAGAUGUUGGUGUUGCAGCUUGUCAACAUCAAGACCCAACUUGAAGCGGCAGCAGCAGGCAAAAAAGGCAAAAAGGGCAAAAAGGGUAAAGCGAAAAAAGGCAAGAAAGGCAAAAAAGGCAAGAAAGAAAAAGGCAAAAAAGGCAAACCCCUACCUGGAGAGAAGAUUGCCGAGCUUAAGGGCCGGGCCCCCGACUCGUUCCUCAGUGUGUUGGUGGAAAACCAGAUUGUACACGCUCCACGUCCUGGAGUCCGUGUGCGAGACUUUGUCGGUAGCUUUAACUACCUUGGGACUAUUUUCCAGCACUCAGAUCGUCGUGAUCGAAUGGGAAAUUGGGUACCUCAAGACCCUUCAGCUGCCCAAUUACGACAGUCUAUCACGGAAUAUGGGGUUUUACCACUAGGUUCCCCGUUUAUCAGAGCUCGAACGCCUCUGGUACGCUCAAUAAUGCUCUAUGGUCCUCGUGGAUCUGGUAAAACUAUGCUGAUUAGCGCUCUUGUCAACGAGACGGGAGCUCUAUUACUCAAUUUAUCGCCGAGUAAUCUCGCUGGCAAAUUCUCAGGCAAGACAGGGCCUACAAAACUCGUGCAUAUGGCUUUUUUGUUGGCCAAAGCUGCUAGUCUACAGCCUAUUAUCAUCUACAUUGAUGAGUGCGAGCAGAUCUUCGCGGGUGGAGGCGGUAAGAAGAGCAAAUCGGCUGCAAAUACGGAAGGUCCUGCUCGGUUUAAGAAGGAUAUGUUGCUGUAUAUCAAAGCUGCAUUGGAACCUUCAGACCGUGUCCUGGUUGUGGGCACUUCCGCAGACCCUGGAGCUGCGGAAACCAAGGAUUUGAAGAACUUUUUCGACAAGUUUUUGCACGUCCCGUAUCCUGAUUAUGCGUCCCGUGUAUUACUGUGGAAACAUGCUCUACGCUCUACUAUUGCCAAACAUGCUGCAACUUUGGGACUUUCGUCGACCACGACCGCACUGGCGCUUGCGUCUGCGUCCUCCUCCUCGUCCACAAUAUUAGCUUCAGGUUCAGCCUCUCAAUUGCAGGACCCUCGUCGUCAUGAACCUCUCGAUAUCUCGACGUUGGCUCAUAUUUCAGAGGGCUAUGCGUCGGGCAGUAUCGUGCGUGCUGUGGAGACUACAGUGACUUCUCGACGUGUUGAGUCUUUGGAGAAGCGCCCAUUACGUGAGGAAGAGUUUCUUGGUGCGCUAUCGCGACAGACUGCGACUUUUACGGAUGAUUUCGAAAAAUUCAAGGCGUUUACGGCUGUCAUUACGGGGUUGAAAGAAACUCGCGAUAAGUUACGCAAAGCUGCGCAGGAUGCACUGAAUCCGGACGAUAAGAAGGAUGCGAAGGGCAAAGGAGACAAGAAAGGCAAGAAGGGCAAGAAGUAGCAACCGAAUACCAAUCGCUAUGAAUUUCAAUACUACGCGUU